UGUUACAUAUUGAUAUUAAUAACUUACAAGACCUGUGUGUUUUGGUCAAAAAAGUUUUAAUAAAGCCAAAGGUAGUUGCUUUUUUGCUUCUGAAAAAACAUUGUCUGCGGUGUGAAAGCAGCUUCAUGGGUUCAUACGUCGACAAUUAUAGUAUAAUACAAGACCUCAGUUUUUUUUAUUGUGAGAAGAACUUAUAACCGUCUCUUUUCUCGUCUGAUCAACGAUGGCAAGACAAAAUAAUGUGUGGGGGAGGGUCGAGGAGCUGGAACGACUUGAAAGCUUAAACAUAGACAUCUCCUCGAGUUCAGCUUUGGAGGAACUGUUCAGAGCUGAUGAGUUGGCAGGUUGUAUCAAAGAGGUAUGCAUAAGAGAUGUUAAAGAAGAAGCAUACAAAACACUUGUUUUGCCAACGAUGGAGCGUCUCAGUAAGCUCAUCAUAAGGAGCUGUGAUAUAUCUGAGAUAGAGAUUGGGAGGACGCCAUGUGACAUUAUUCUGACUAGGACAAGACUGAGAAACCUCACAAGUGUGAUUAUAACUGGCUGCAAUGGACUAAAGGAUUUGACGUGGUUGUUGCUUGUUCCUAACCUUACUCAUCUCGAGCUUCAGUGUUUGGAGAAGGUAGAAGAGAUCAUAAGCGAGGAGAGAGUUGCAAGUAGUGUAACAGAUGAGCCGAAAGCGCGUGGUAUGAAUACUCCUUUUCAGAAGCUUGAGAGGCUUGAGUUGAUCAACUUACCGAGGUUGAAGAGAAUCUACUGGAGUCCUCUGCUCUUCCCUUGUUUGAAGAAGAUUGUAGUAGAAAAGUGUCCAAAGCUGAGGAAGCUUCCACUCAGCUUUAAGAGUUGUGUUGGUGGUGGUGAAGAACUUGUUAUAAACUACAGAGAUGAUCAGUGGUUUAAAAGGGUUCGAUGGGAAGAUAAAGCCACUAAAGACCGUUUCUUACCUUGCUGUGAAAAGCUCCUGACCUCGUACUCAGAAGGCAACAGCUCGUGAAGCAAGCCAGUUUCCUGCAAAAUUGAUACUGUUUGUGUUUACUAUCCUUAUUGUUGGGCAUGAGUCUGACCCUGCCAAAAGGUCCACAAGACAAUUGUCCAAACACAUGAUCACAACAAAGAAACUCGGCUCGUUGACUCGCGAGCCGAGUGACCGGCUCGACUCUAGACUGCUUUUAGCCGACAAAGCGAGCAACCGGAAGUCGCUGGCUUGACGACUCGAAUUAGCGGCCCGACACCUCGGCCCAAUCGUCGAGGAGGCCCAUUAGGUCAAGGCGAGUUAGGUUAACAAGCUCACGUCUAUAAAAUGAGGAGGGGAGGCAACGAUCAAAGAAUCCGCAAAUUUCUACAUUACUUUCUUUCGGCUAGAAACUAGGGUUUCACUUCUCUAUUCUCGUCGACUUGUAUUCUCCGGCGAACCAGCUUUCGCCGGUUCAUUUCUUUGUUUUCCCCUCCUUGUAAUACGACUGAGCACUUUCUUGAUCUAAUAAAACACGUCUUUGUCUUGAUCCACCGAUGAGAACUCGUCCCUAUCUCUUUACUAGUUUAUCGUCAGUCUCGGUUCAAACACUUAUGAAGUUGACUUUUGUUUGUAUUAUAGUGGUGUGCUUAGUCUGUGGCUUGAUAUGGAAUGGAACAGAGUCAUAUUUCUUCUAUCAUUUGUUGAGUGUGAUUGUGAUUUGGUGUGUUUAUUAUAAUACAGUCUGUGUUGAAUCUGAGAGUCUCCUGCACUAAAAUAUAAUCAUUCGUCAAGAAGAUUGCUUCUCCGCACAAGUAUGUUUGUAUGUUGUAAUGGCAUGGCUGUGGAAUAAACAUAGAAAGGGACAACAACAUAAAAGAUUCUCGAGGAGGUUAUGAGUACAGAGAAACAACCUCUCACAUUAGUGUACAAACAGAGAGAACGAAAGAGAGUAUGUUAAAUGGUUAGAGAGGAUAUCUCCUUUUAAGAGCUGGCAUGAGUUGAAGGACACUUUGUUGUUGGUGUUUGCGGGGAAGAUGAUCCUGAUGGAGUUAGGUUAAAGAUAGAAUCUGAGCAGAAAAAUGAAGCGAUGGAUAGAUGAUUAUGAUCGGAAGAGAAGACCAUAUGAAUCACAAGUGAUUGAAGAAAAUGAAGGGCAACAUGAUUCAGAAGGAAGACUCAGGUUGUGAUCUGCUCUGUCUCAACCUCUGCAACAUGAGACGUCAGUUUCUAUCGUGGUGACCAAUUCGAUUCAGGUGGAAUCAAAAGGACAGAAUGAAGCGAUUCUGGAUACGGAGAUUAGCUCCUAAGUCUUGGAUGUUUAGAUUCAAGAGCCGGUUAGACAGAAACGAAUUCUGGACGUUCAGCCUUUACGCCUAGCAUUGAGGAAUGUACUUGGGAUUUUCAAGUUGAGAACUAACUCAUGGAUGUUUCAGUCUAAGAAGAGACGUAAGAAGUUGCAGAUUUGUACUCAGGCCAGAUUAUUUUGGUUUGUUACAUUCUCUUCAUGGACAGGAAGAGUUACAGAAUGGAAGUUUGAGAUACAAAAUGCAGAACAACAACAUGACAAGGAAAAUAGUUGUUCAAGAUUCCAAUGAGCUCAUGUGUAACUGAGACGUGGUACAACUUACCAGGGAAUCUACUUGUCUGGUACUUGGCAUGGAUUGAUAAGGGAUAUUAUUUUGCUGUGUGGCAUUGCUGGAAAGAAAGAAAACGAGUGCAAAUCAGAGGGCGGUCUCUUCAUUUUAAUCCUACCAACGGGAUCAUGAAAAUUAUGGGCUUCGAGAUCCAGGCCCUUAGAGUGAAACAAGUUGUUGCUGUGUUGCUACAUAACUCAAGGAUGCAUGAUUAUGUAAUUGGCUUACCAGGAGAUGCUACGUUAGAAACAUCCUUGACGUUGCUGUCUCAGUUCAUAAAAGAAGAUGUACACAAGACAAAAUUUUGCAAAGAGUGGGGAUUUAAGUACAAAGCUACAACAGGGCACAGUGAGGAAAGUUGUUUUUGGGGGAAGAAUAAAUCUGAGUUAUUUCAGACGUUUUCAGCUUUUGAUCUGUUUUUUUCGGGUUCCUCUUUAGUCUCAAACCAGUUACACUGUAUGGAGGUUGACAAUGGAGUGAAGAGCUGUGACUGAUGGUGGAGUUAAAAAGAUUGUCGAACAGUUUGGUUUCAAGUGGAGGAGUCUACAACUAAGUGUUAAGCGUUGUUGUUUUUUACAACAAUGACAGAGACAUGUCUUGUUGUUCAGCUGGAGAUUUUAUACAACCAAGCUGGUUUACAGGAAACACCAAUGGACAUCUAACCUCCUACAAGAUGUGGUUAUACAUUUCAGAAACGAAGUCACUCUUGCUCUGCAUCUCAACUCCUUUCGGCGAAAUCAUGCUCCACGGCAUACGCGACGUUAUUCUCCAUCUCGUAUGUUACACUACAAAGCAACAAGAAAGAGAAUUCAGGUGUUGUCUAUUACCACCGGGCGUGCAAUUCGAAAGCAUUCAUCUGCUAUUUGGCACAAAAGGAAAACCAUGUCAAGCCACAAUGGUACUUGCAAGGACAGAGCUUCCAUGCUGUUGAUGUAUCAGACCGUAUCAUACCUUUCUGAAGUGUUUCACCGUCUGCAAUCAUCGUCCAUGAUGAUUGAGUGGUUGGCUCUGCAUAUAGCUGCAGCAUCACAGAUAGAGGAUUCCUAUCCACAUUUUUCACCACUCAAGCUUGGGGUCAAGCUUGUCAAAAGAAGGAGAGUAUUGAUAAAACUGAUGACGUGGAGGCUGACCUGGAAGCUUCAGAGGAUAAUCUAUCAGAUGGAGAGUCUUUGCCGUUGAGAGGAGGAUGAGAUAUAAAACAGUCGAAUCAGAUGAUAGCUUUGGAUUUGAACUGAGUCGAGAGACUUGAGUGAGAGCAGCUGGGUUAGGCCAGUGUUCUUGAGGAGAUUGUGCUCCGGUUAAGCCGACAGCAUCUCAACCGUUCCGAUUCAAGAUGUGACUGAUCAUUCAUGCUUCAAUUCUUGGUUGGGCUUGGGAACCUAGAUGCAUGGCCAUGACUGUCGUGUUCCAGAGCUGUUAGAUCAGGAAAACUGUCUCUCCAUUAUUGCGGAUUCUAAUACAGCAACGACUUGGACGCAAGAAAUGACAAGAAACUUCCAAGUUGGGGUAUGAAUAUUAGUAUAACGUUUGAUAUUUUUGGAAUCCUACUAUUAUUUUACGAUGUUACGAUUGUGUGUGUGGGGGGGGGGGGGGGGUCCAACUACAUAGACGACUUGGAACUCCUUCAAAAAAUCACCGACAUCUUCACAUCUUGAGUUCUUACUCGGCAAAUCACAAGUAAGCUUAACUUGUUUUGCAUUCUGAAUCUCUCUCUUUGUGUGUCAAGUGCACGAUGGGUGGUGUUAUCUCAACAGCAACCGAUUUCGUGGUUGAGAAAUUAUGUAGCUGCUUUUGUCUGGAAGUCCACCAUAUUUGCAGACUCGACAAGAAUCUAAAAACUCUGGUAGAAGACAUGAAGAUACUGGAGGCAAAGCGAAAUGAUGUGCUGAAAUUCGUGAAGAGGGAGGAAGACAGAGGUUUACAAAGGCUUAGUGGAGUUGAUGUAUGGCUUACGGCUGUCGGGAACAUUGAAAACGAGGCCCGUGAAACCCUUAUGGCUUGUACAAGUGAACUUCAAGGGUUGUCUCUUUGUGAUGGUUGUUCAAGAAAACUAGUGGCAAGGUUUCGUUUUGGGAAAGAGGUUGUCUCGAUGUUGGAAGAUGUCGAAGAGCUCAAGGGUCGCAAAUUAACUGAAGACAUAAAUGCUCUGGCUGUGCCACCUAUGAGAGAUGUGGUGGGGGAAAGAGAUCUACAACCUAUCAUUGUUGGUCAGGACACAUUGCUCGAGAGUGCAUGGAGCCGCCUCAAGGACGGCGGAACCCAGGUUAUGGGUCUACAUGGCAUGGGGGGAGUGGGGAAAACAACUCUUCUUGACCAAAUCAACAAUAAGUUUUGUGGUGCAAAUGAUGGGGUUGACAUAGUAAUUUGGGUUGUGGUGUCUAAGGUCAAACGGAACGAGAAGAUUCAAGAUGAGAUUGCUAAGAAACUAGGCUUUUUUACUGAAGGGGAUUCAUGGAAACAGAAAACAGAGGCCGAGAAAGCCUCUAGUAUACGCAGUUCCUUGAAGGCUAAACGAUUUGUGUUGUUUCUGGAUGACAUUUGGAGCAAAGUGGAGUUAAAAGAUAUCGGUGUUCCGAUUCCAACAAAGGAAAACAAAUGCAAAAUUGUAUUCACUACUCGUUCAAGAGAAGUAUGUGCUCGCAUGGGGGAUACUAACCCAGUCGAAGUCAGUUGUCUAGACACCGACAAAGCCUGGGAGUUGUUCAAGGAGAAAGUCGGGGAGAACACACUGGGACGCCACCGAGGCAUUCCCGAUCUCGCAAGAAAAGUGGCAGGAAAAUGCCAUGGCCUACCAUUGGCACUCAGUGUCCUUGGUGAGACCAUGUCAUCCAAGGACACAAUACAAGAAUGGCGCCUUGCAGUUAAGACUUUAACUUCAAAUGCUGCAAAAUUUUCUGGAAUGGACGAGAUUCUUCCAGUUUUGAUGUAUAGCUACGACAGCCUCAAGGAGAAGCAUGUUAAGUCAUGUUUCCUAUAUUGCUCUUUGUUUCCAGAAGAUUUUGAAAUCAGAAAAGAUAUCUUAAUUGAAUAUUGGAUCUGUGAGGGUUUCAUACAAGAAAAUCAGAGUAGAGAAAACGCAUUCGACGAAGGCUAUAGUAUCAUCAGUUCUCUUCUCCGUGCAUGUUUAUUGUUGGAAGAACAAGUCGAUAAAGUAAAAGUGAAAAUGCAUGAUGUGGUUCGGGAGAUGGCUCUGUGGGUAGCAUCUGAUCUUGGGGAGCAUGAAGGGCGAUAUACUGUGCAAGCCGGUGCUGGGUUACGUGAUAUACCAGAAGUUGAGAGUUGGGUGCCCGUGAGAAAGAUGUCUUUGAUGAACAAUGAGAUCCAAGAGUUAUCUGGCAGUCCGUGCUGCCCUGAACUUACAACUCUGCUUCUCCAAGAAAACAAGCUGGUAACUAUCUCAAGCGAAUUCUUUCGACAGAUGCCUAGGCUACUCGUCUUGGAUCUCUCGCGGAAUAGCUGGUUCAAUGGAUUGCCAGAGAAAAUGUCAUUGGUCGCUUUGAGAUACCUUAACUUGUCAGACACACAUAUAGAGCGACUGCCUGUUGGUUUACAGGAGUCGAGAAUGCUAAUAUGUUUGAAUUUGGAAUUCACGAGGAGCAUUGAAAAUGUUUCGGGGAUGAUAUCCAAAUUUUCGAGGUUGAGGAGAUUGGGACUACGGAAUUCCUACACGAAGCUAGACAUGAGCUUAUUGGAAGAGUUGCAGCUCUUGAAAUAUCUACAAGUUGUAACCAUAGGUAUAAACUCAUGUUUGGUUGCGGAGAAAUUGUCAAACUAUGACAGGGUGGUGAAAUGUGUUAAGAAGUUAGAUUAUAAGGACCUUCAGGAUGAAUCAUUCAGAGUCUUGACUUUGCCGACUAUGGACAACCUUUGUGACCUCGAGAUAGAAAAGUGUGGAAUGGCGGAGAUAAAGGCAGAGGGAGCAGCAACUUCAUUGUGGAACAGAAGUCCCACGAGUCCAUCCUUCCUCAACCUUUCUACUGUCUUUAUAAAUUAUUGCAACCGUCUCAAGGAUUUGACGUGGCUGUUGUUCGCUCCCAACCUUACUAUUCUUAACGUUGGUCAUUCAAAUCAAAUAGAGUAUAUAAUAAGCCAAGAGAAAGCUACAAAUGGUGUGGCAGGUACCAUCAUUCCUUUUGCAAACUUAGAACACUUUAGCUUCUAUUGUGUACCAAUGUUGAAGAGCAUCUAUUGGAGUGCUCUCCCUUUUCAAUGCUUGAAAGGAAUCAGGGUAGGAGGGUGUCCAAACCUGAGAAAGCUUUCAUUGGAUUCUGAAAGUGUUGCCAAUGUAGAUGGAUUUGUUAUCCAGUGUAUAGAGAGACAUUGGACAAGUAAUAUUGAAUGGGAAGACGAAGCAACUAAACUCCGUUUCCAAGCUUCCUUCCCCUAUUAGCCCCCUCCCCACAAUGCUGCGAAACAGUUUUUUUUUCUUCAAAAUCUUCUUUGUUUCUACUGUCACAUUGUUCUGCUUCUCGCUUUGCUUCUUUCAAAAACUGCUGUGCCUGGUCGAGUUUAUUUUAACUUAUUAUGUGGAUAUUCAUGUGUGGAUAUUCAUGUGUGGUUUGUUAACUUAUUAUGUGGAUAUUCAUGUGUGGUUUCUUGGUUUUGUGAGGCCAUAUGCAUUUCUGAGGUUCUUGUGCUACUUGGGAAUUCUGAAAGUGAAAAUGGGGUUGCUAAUUGUCCAAAACUAAGACUUCUCUUUACAAUGGACUUGAUGUAAACAUAAUUCAGUGUCGGUGUAUAGACACAUCAUGCAUGGAUCUAGAAACUUGUUUCAGUUUAAUUUGAUGUCUUGUGUUCAUGUCUUCUCUCUUUCUUUACUACAAUAAUUCAGUAUUAUUGUUUCGAAGAAGACAUAUAAACCAAUAUGCAAUCAUAACUCCCAAUUCCAUAUACAUCUCACAUUCUUAUAACAAAGUAUGUGUAAAUGAAAACAAAAAUCAAAUAAAAUGUAAUUUGUAAUUAUUUCAUUAAAUCAUUAAAUCAUCCAAAAAGGGGAUCAGAACAGUAAGACCGUUGCCGUUGCCGGCGAAACAGUGGGAUAGGUUACAGAGGAAAAGAAGCUAGCUUACAAGCAAAUACUGAAACAAAAGAGACUACAGUUCGAGGGAAAGAAAGCUGAAUAGAGUAAACUCUAGACUCCGGUGGACACCGAUGGCAAGAAAUCCGGUCAAUGAGACUUCACGGCACCGGUGUGUCCAAGACCCACGCUCGUUCCGUCGUCUAACCUUCAGACCGCCACCCGCAGAGUCGCCCCGCGGCCCCAAAACGCCGGAACCAAAGGAUUAAGGUCCGGCUCCGUAACCCUAACGCCGUAAUCCGCCUGAAAUUCACUCUUCCUCCUAGGUCCGAGACACCACGUACCUUCUCAGACUCACGGCGGCGAAACCGAAGGCCGAGCCGGAGAGAAACCGUCAAGAGGACCGCCAUCCCGUAUAACAGAACCUCCGACAUCGAACUUCGCUCCACCCAUCGGUACGAACACCAAACCACGAUAGCUGACUAGUCCUCUAACAGGAAGCUGACACCUUCACCGACGAACCACCAGAGCGACGGCGCUCACCUGGGGAUCUACCGCACCAGAGAUCCAACCGAACCGCAACGAGAGAGAAAGGUACCACCUUGACGACGACGGACGCUUACUCCUCCGUCUUGAUGAUCAGGUACCGGGUGGGGGAGACGAGACGAGCUCCGACCAGGCCACCCACGGAGAACACGAAGCUUGAAAGUUGAGAGAAAAGUUCGCCGCGCGUUAGAUCCACUCGCGCGGCUCAAAGGCUAUUGUCUUACUUGAUACUGUACUGUUUAUAGAAUAAAUACCAUUCAGACCAAAAACAUGUGAGCUUCAGGGGUCCUUGUUAUAUUGUUCUGUUUUGCUUCAUCUCUCGUUUUACUAGAUUGCAUUUACAGUGUGUUGUAUCUUAAGCAAAACUCUCUGCAUGUGUUUUCUACAUUAGUAACGUUUUGCUCUGCUCUUGCU